UCACCACACAUAUCUCACAAAUUUCUUUUAUAAAAGACACUCUCUAGAGUCCCUAAUCCUUCAGUAUUACCUAGCAAUAUGGCUUUCAACAAGCUCUUUGCAGCAAUUUUAGCCGUCAAUUUAUUCUUCUUCUUCUUCUUCACAUUCUCCGCCGCUUGUGAUCCGUGCAAGCACAAGCCGAAGCCACCUCCGGCUCCACCGGCGGCUUCUUGUCCUAAGGACACAUUGAAACUCGGAGCGUGUGUGGAGCUACUUGGUGUUGUUAAUGUUAUUGUUGGAACACCACCUAGUAGCCAGUGUUGUGCUUUGAUUCAAGGGUUGGCUGACUUGGAAGCUGCUUUGUGUCUUUGCACUGCAAUUAAGGCGAAUGUGCUCGGGAUUAACUUGAACGUGCCGAUUUCUCUUAGUGCAAUUGUCAGUGGUUGUGGAAAAUCUGUUCCUCCAGGCUUCCAAUGCACAUAAGAAGCUACAUCUCUAUAUGUUGGUUGUUCUAUGUUGACAAUUAAUGUUCAAUUUGCAUCUCUUUAAUUAUGUAUCAUUUGUUGUUGUUUCAUGUUUGUAUGGACUUCUUUUUGUUUCAAUUGGUUUAUUUUCACGUGUGAUCGAUGUGCACGUUCAAAUAAUUAGGCAACUUGGGGUUGCCUUAUGUCGCAUCUUUAUGUCUAUAUACUUCCUUAAAUAUGACAGAUUGUUAA